CUUUCACAUUAAAUUCCGACAUAAUCGUUAUCAACACCAUCCGAAAUGUUUCAGAAAAUUAUGAGGAAACAUCAAGGUGUGUGAAUUAUCCGAAACUCCUCUCCCCUCUCACAACGAAUUCUGAUAUAACCCUUAUCUACACCAUCUAAAAUGUAUCUCUGGAAAAUUUCAUUAAAAAAUAUGCAUUUUUCAGAAAGUUAGGAAAAAAAAAAAAGAAAUAUCAGGAAGAGGCACGUAUCUGCAGUUAUGUCGUUAUGCGAAAGUUAUUUAUUGUACUUUUGACGUUCCAUAGUUGGUUGCGUGACACUAAUUAUAGCGUACCCCGUUUCCUAGUAACGGCAGCGUUGUGUGGUCAUGAAUUGAGAGACAGAACUUUAUAACUUCGCCAACCUCAGGGUGACACAAUGUCUAAGAAAAUAGGAAAGUAUGCUAAUGGACACGCUACAGCGAAAUGGGAACAAAGUCUUGCUAGGGAACAGCUGCAUGAGUCUAGCUGGAAAGUGUUUAUUGCCCUCAUUGCUGAGGACAAACCAGAGGAUGUCAUCAACGUCAAUAAUUUAACUUCGGCAAUCAACGGUGGAUCUCGGAGACGUUUUGGUAUCAUCACACAACAAAGUCUGUACAAGGAGGUAAACGUUUAUGGCAAUCCAAAAGGUCGAGGUAAAGAUGCCCCUCAAUAUGUUGAGGUAUGCGAGGCAUGUAAAGCCUUUAUUGAUAGCAAGGAACCAAUUCCUAGUGAGCUUUUGGCCAAACUCAUCAAGUUUAAGUUGUUGUCAUUAAAAGCUGACGACAUAGCCAAAUCUAAACCUGUAGAAAAACGUAAAGCAUCCUUGCAGACUGUCGACCUGAAAAAGGUUAAAACUGGUAAAGGGAACAAGGCGGCCGGGAAGAAAACGGCUGCUGCUAAAACAGGUGAAGAAGGCACCAUCAAAGAAGGGACAAACCUAAAGAAACGUUCCGAAGAAAUCUAUGACUACAAAUAUAUUGAUGAUGAACCAGAAUUCGGUCCUAACUAUUAUGCUGUUAUUAGCGGAUUCUAUGAACCCAGUUUACCAAUACUUUUAGCUGAUAUUGAUAUCCUGAUUGAUGUUGUUGUGAAGUUUGGUUCUAUCCAUUAUACUGGUUUGGCCGUUGAGGUGAUAAACAAGGACAACCUCAUACCUAAAGACUCAAGAUUAAUUGCUCAAGAAGAAGCUGUGGCCGCUGAGACUGAACGCCUAAAGAAAGCAAUGGAUUAUUUCUGGAAGUGGACCAUGAUUUACCUAAAUGAGCAAUCUGCAACAUCACAAACUCGUAACAUUUACGUCACAGACUUUCUAGAUGACAAGGAAUCCAAUUUAGAAAGCGAUUGUGCCAAACUCUAUGAGAAGUUUGCCUUCACGCUUUAUGGCAUUGUUGAAAAACAGCGCAUGUAUCGGAAUUUCAUAAGGAACACAAAAAUAAUCGCAGUUCCGACCAUUGGUCCCAUACCUCCUAGAGCUGUCCCAAUCUCAAGCAAUUUGUGCAUCGUGCCACCCCCACCUCAAUAUCCGUUAAUUGAGCCACGUACUUUUACCACUCUGGACAUGCGUUAUUAUGAUGACUUAAUGGAUACCAUUCCCAUGGAGUGUGUCACCGUUCCCCUCAUUUUGCAUGCCAUGAUCGAACAGGUGGUUGCAAUAGAGAGACGUAUACUGCCUCCCCGAGAGUAUCAGCCACCUCCUACAUUUGAUGGUUUGAACCAAGAUUUGGCAAAACAUCUGUCUAUGAUGCUUCAGAAGCUUAUUUUGGAUGACAACUGCUCUGAGGUGAUUGAUGAUAAGUUGGAAGAGAAAGAAGUUCCCAAGGAAGAACCAUUGAGGCUAAUCAGUUACCAGGAUGAAAGCAGCAAGCUUUUCCAUCACUUGAAAUCUUUCCAUGAUUUUGUACCAAAUACUGUUGUAGACAAAAUGUUGGAUAAGUUUGGUUUCUCUAGAAUUGAACAUUUUCCAGUCACAGCGCUGAGGCAUAUCGUGGAGGCAGAAGCUCGUGAAUUUCUUCACUUCUGCUCAAAAGAUGGCACUUCUCAUAAAAUGGUGAAUUUUGUCUUGCAACAAAAUGUCUUUCAGACAUUACAACUGCCACAUGUGGACAAGGAAGGUCUGCUUCAGCCAUACAAACUUCCUAAUUACAAUGCAUGGGACCACCCAAUAUUCCUGUUGGAACAAAAUGUCUUCCCUGAAUACGAAGGAGUUGAGUUCAGUAAUAAGUCGUUGCAAACUACUCAAACAGCUUCGACCAUAUCACUUGACUCUGCCCUAGCAAAUUCCCUGGGAGGCAGUGGGAAACCUACGUUGUACAGGCGUCACUCGUCAGCAGAUGAACGAAGUCUGGAUUUUUUCAGCAGUAGAAACGUUAGUCCUGAUAUUGAACGUAUUUGCAAGAAUUUGAUAGAGAAGAUAAAGUCAAGUAGGCAGAGGAAUUUAGAAAACUGGAACUAUCUGGAACAUUUAAGCUCCGGCGUAUUUCAUCAGGUGCUGUUUGAAGCUAUGUACUACCAGCCCCACUACACUAAAUAUUAUCAUAUCAGGGAAGACUGCCUGUAUUUAAUUUUGGACAACCCUUACAACAAAGACUUGUUCAAUUUACAGACAUGGCAUGUCCAGUUAUAUUCAAAUAUUGGAUUUAGGAACUUUAUGUUUUAUGUUGCUGAUGAAAUCAAAGAAUGGUCCUUGGCAGAAGAUAAAAAGGAACUGGAGCAGCUAAAAGAAGAGAAAGCACUGAAGUUGCUGGAACAACAAACAGUUGUGAGUGAGUAUUUUAAAGUUGAUAGAGUAGAGAACAGACACUCACUUGACGACAAAAAGGUGCUAAAAAAGAAAGAACUGGUUUCCAAUGUAAAUUCUGAGCAAUCUAAAUCCAUAUUCGAUGAAGAUCAAUUUACAAGGCCCCAUUCUCUCAAGGCUUCCAAGAAGGAAGAACAUGUAAUGAAGGUUGACGAGCUUGAUAAGGACAAGAAGAAACGAAAAUCUCCACCAAGACAAGAUAAAUCACCUGACAAAGAGAAAAGGGUCAUGUCUCGUUGUAGUCUCAAAACUCCCAGAAUAGGUCGUUUCAAGUCAAUGUAUGAUGACAGUUUGUAUGAUAUGCAUUCCAGUAUCAUUGAACCGGACCCUGACAAACCUGAAUUACCUUUUUCAGGUUACAAGCUGGACGACAACCUUAUAAAACUAACCAGCAAAUGUUACACGAUGUUUCCUUCUGAUGGCUCUCAAAUACGAGUCACAACCGAGAACUUUUUAACAGGUGCCAAAAAUGUGAGAUGUUCAGUUCUACUGAAUGGUCACGUCUUCUCUGUACACAUCCUGAAUCCACUUGAAGUAGAAGCAUUGGAACCUGAGUGUCCGCCUCCCCCAUCAACUUGUAAAUAUCCAGUGACAACUUCUACCUCUUCAGUACAAUCACCAGCAAAUAAGCCGACCAUUACUACCAGUCCAAGCAGUUGUGUCGCUGAUAAUAUUACACAGGAGACUGACACGACGAAGCUGCCGAUAUUUAGUGAGUUCGGCUCAUUUACAGCAACCCUAGCAGAUGGAGUGGUCCUGGCGUACAGCCAGUUUGGGCCGACUGGUUACUUCAGAAACUUCUCAGGUAAAAUUGAUCAGAAUUCAUCCAUGAAGGACAUAAAAGACCAGCUGUUCAUGUCAAGUGAAUCGUUUUUUAAAGAAAGAAGCCGAAAGAGAUCCAGAUUCAGCAUGGACCGCUUUCAAUCAAGCGAUAUGGUCGUAGGUUUUUCCAAAAGAUGUGGUUCAGAAACAGAUGCACAGUUUGGAUCAUUCCCUACAUUAUUUUUAACCUGUCCAGAUGGUUUGAAAAUUGACUAUGAUGUACUACAUUCCAACGUGAAUAACGAUGAUUACCUGGUUGUGAGGCAGAGUUUCCCCUUUAAUAGCAAAGGACUUCAACCUUGUGAACUGAUACGAAACGAACAUUGUUACCUUGAAGAACGGAGAACUGUGUUGCCUAAUGGAACUGUUAUUAAGAAAAUGAAAAAUGGAAAAUACCAUGUACUCCACGCUGAUGGCACUGUGGCUCAUGGGGAAUUUGCCACUGAGAAACAAGUUAUGCAUAUCGCAGAGAAAAGUGACAUUGCUGACCUUAAUAUAGUUUCACUGACCUGUGAGAUUGAAAAACUGGACUUGAAAACUAUGAAGUGGACAGUCAUUCAAUCAAAUGGUCAGAAAGUUAUUUUGUACCCGGUGGCAAAAAGGAAUAUCUGCCGAAAGUCUUGUUCAGUAUGAAAUCAGAUGUAAAAUCUGGACAGACAAUGAUGACCAGAGAUGACAAUGUGAUAUUGAUCAGCGAACCGAGUGGGAAGACCACCGUGGAACAUCAGGAUGGCACCAGAAUCACUUCUUAUUUUGAAAAAGUUUAUAUGACUG